CUCAAAGUGUUAGAGCACACACAUUGUCUUUUCCAUCUCCAUCUCCCUCCCCACCUUCCAUCUCACCAAAUAUACUUGUACAAUGGAUGUCUCAGGAGUUCUCGAAGCCCACAAGCAAAAGUUUAAGUCGGUGUCGGUAGAGGGAAAGGUCAUUCCUGUUGAGUAUGAUCUCGGUCUCCUUGCUGCAUACGACCAGAACCCCAUAGACGAGGCCGAACUCAAGAAAAACAAGGACGAAUACCUGCAGGCGCUUUCAAGAGACAAUGCCCAGCUUCUUUUCAACGAGAUCUUCCAGCUGCAGACGAUAUCCGACGACAAUGGUGUGAUGGCUAUGCUCCCUACCCCUACAACGCUGCUUCCUCGUGAGAAGCCAUUGCCCAAGCCCAAGCCCGAGACCCGCUGGGAGAAGUUUGCCAAGGCCAAGGGCAUUGUCAACCGCAAGAAGGAGAGAAUGGUCUAUGACGACGCUUCAGGAGAAUAUAAGCCCCGUUGGGGUUACAAGGGCGCCAACGACGAUGGAACAAAGGACUGGAUUAUUGAGGUCCCUACAAGCGCCAAUCCCAUGGAGGAUCAGUACGAGGCCAGGCGAGAGGCAAAGAAGGAUCGUAUCGAGAGAAACGAGAAGCGUCGUCAGCGCAAUACGGAGGAGGCUGCAGUGGCGACCAAGAUGGAUCAGAAGGCUGUCAACAAGGGCGAUCGGCCCAAUAUGGACAAUGCUCGUACUUUGAAGAGGAAGGAGAUCGAGAACCAGAUCUUGAUCAGCAAAAACUCGACCGCCAGUGCUGGAAAGUUCGACGAGGCCAUCAAGGGGGAUCUGAAGCCCAGAGGUAUCAAGCGUCAGUUCGCGCCUACAGUCACCGAUCUGUCAAAAGAAAAGGCCGGCAACAUGAACAUUCUGGACAGGGUUGUUGGAAAGAACGGAGAGGACCUUGUGAACGUUCGCAAAGCUAUCAAGGCGUCGAAACGCCAAUAGAUGCUGGAAGACAACAUUAUUUGCACGUUCAUCAUAUAAUAAAAUAUAUCAUUUUUGCAUUGACACAACAAAU